CCUGUUUCGGGGUGGGGUCUGUCUGUCUCCGCAGCCAUCAAACCAAAUUCCCGAAAGGUGUCGGACAAGGAAGGAGCCGUGUUCAAGACAAAACACAAGACAGACAGAACGAUGGGGAGUCUGUUUAGGAGGAUAAUUUAGGUCUUUACUUUUUUUUAAUAGAUAAUAAAUUGGACGAGAUAAUAUUUAUUAGUUUAAUGGAUCAAUCAUCAACGAUGAGGAGGUUGAUACUGGCCGCGUUCGUCCUCUCUUCCCUACCGACAGAGGUGCAGAGCGUCCAGGUGAAUGUUCCUCAGACAGAGAGGAGUACAGCUCUGUUUGCCUCCGUCAUCCUGAAGUGUGAUUACUCCACCUCCGCUAACCAGCAGGAUGUCCAGGUCACCUGGCGAUACAAGUCCUUCUGCAAGGACCCCAUCCUGGAGUACUACUCCCAAGCGUACCAGAAUGCUCUGCAGCUGGGUCAGGACCCGGCCAAUGACUGCCCAGACCGCCAGCGCACGGUGAGGAUCAUCGUCCAGAAGAGAGGCUCCAACGAGGCCAUACUGGGCACAGAGUACCGGGAACGCAAGAUCUCCGUCCAGAACAAGGCUGACCUGGUGAUCAAUGAGAUCAUGUGGUGGGACAACGGAGUUUACUACUGUUCUGUGGAAGCCACGGGAGACACCAGCGGAGGCUUGGAUGGCGUGAUCAAACUCAUGGUCUACAACUGGCUGACGGUGCUGUUCAUAGUGAUUGGAGCUCUGCUCCUCAUCCUGCUCUUCUGUAUCUGCUGCUGCCAGUGUUGUCCUCAGAGGUGCUGCUGCUACGUCCGCUGCCCCUGCUGCCCACAGACCUGCUGCUGUCCUGAGAAAGCGGUGAUGCAGCACAGGAUGAUGAAGGAUGCCCAGAGGGCCAUGGGUCCAUGGAUGGGAGGUCAGCCCAUCUACAGCCCCAUGAGCCACGGAUCCUCACAGAUGAACCCUCUGCUGUAUGGAGGCUCCCAAUCAGGGAAGAGCAUUGCCAUGGCCCCCAUGCCCCUACCCCCUCCCCCAUCUGGCUACAACAUGCCCCCCAGUGUCCACGCUGCCAGCAUCUACGGCAACCAAAAUCCCGGCAACAAGCAGAUGCUGGACUACCUGGAGAGCCAGGUGAGGGGCAUGGAUGGGACCAGCCCCAUGAUGCAGCCCCAACCCCACCACCAGCAGCUCCAGAUGAUACCCCCUCCCCCUCAGCACAUGAUGCCCCAGCACGUCCCCUUCUCAGCGGGUCCUCCCAGCAUGCUCUCUGGCCUGGACGAUGGGGCCGUGGAGUACCGGGGGGUCAUCCAGAUGCCUCCCAUCGUAGAGCAGCCUGGACGAGGAGGACGGAGAGGGGGCCAGCCGCCGCUUGCUCCUAAAACACGUCCACCCAGCUCCAGAGGAAGCAGCCGCAGCGAGAGUCGCUUCACCAAUCACCGUGACGACCGCAGCGAAGCCAGCGGGCGCCGUUACCCGUCGCCGUCAAGGAGCCGUGGCAUGCCAAGGAGCUACAGUGAAGACUUUCUGGACGGGGAGAGCCGGGGGGCGCGGGGUCGAAUAGGUUCACGUGACGACCUCAGCGACAGGGUCCCUCGAUCCCGCUCCAGAGAUGACCUGUUUGAGGAGCAGCGUCGCGCCCCGCCUCCCAGCAACUACUCCCGCUCCCGCAGAGGGUCGUUCAGUUCAGAUGAGGAGGAAAACAGCAGGAGAGGAGAGGGCAGAGGUCACAGGAGAGGAGGAGGAGGAGAGAUGUAUUCAGACAUUCCGCCCAGCUAUUCUGAAUACGAGCCGGGACAGAAACCACCAAGGAGGAAUGAGCGUUACUCUGUUAAAACCCUGCUUUAGUUAGUACACUGAACACACACACACACAACCCCUUCAAAAGCAUUUACCAUCUGACAAUGGCGUUUGAUCCAUGCCUUCAAUUACACAUAAUCAUAUAAUCACGCAGAUAUGAAAGAAUCACUCACAAAGACACACUGGUGCACACUACUUGGUUUCAUCACUUCUUCCAUUCAGGGAGCCUUUAAUUAAUGUGUCCCACUACAGGGCAAGAGUUCUGGCAGGGGCACUGUGGUCAUCUGAUCUGGGCUCUCACUGGCUACACCUCCUCUCCUUCUGCUGAAUGGCAUUACAACAGCCCCCUCUGCUGGUUGAACGCUCUCAGUGCAGAUAAGUGCCCAAUCUUGACAAUCUGUUGCGCUAACAAAAGCUGUGUGUGCAGUACAGUAGUCAGCCAGUGAGUCAGCCCUCAACAGUAGAUGAGUAGUUUGAAAGGCUCAGCGUUGGGAAAUCAGAGACUGUAGAAAGAGCUGAGGUUGGGCAAUUUUGCAGAGCUAAGCAAUUGUUUCAGGUCACACUGUCAUGUCCUCCUCCACCCUCGCUAUCUCCUCAUAUUGUGCGAUUCUAAUUAGAGGUCGACCGAUUAUGGUUUUUCAACGCCGAUACCGAGUAUUGGAGGACCAAAAAAAGACGAUACCGAUUAAUCGGACGAUUUAAAAAAUAUAUAUAUAUUUCUGUUUUAUUUUUUUUAUUUUAUUUUUUUAAUAAGUUAUUUAUUUGUAAUAAUGACAAUUACAACAAUACUGAAUGAACACUAACUUAAUAUAAUACAUCAAUAAAAAUAAAUUU